AUGGCAAAGACAAAGCUAGCUCCUAAAAAAACUAUCUCUAUUCCAAAAUUGGAGUUGCAGGCAGCUUUAUUGGGAGCCCGGCUGGCUGAUUUCGUCUCCAAGUCUCUUCGAGAACCCAUAAGGAGCCGUAAAUUCUGGACGGAUUCUUCAUGUGUGCGGAAUUGGAUCCGGUCAAACGCGGCGUACUACAAACCUUUUGUGGAUCAUCGGAUCGGUGAGAUUCAAACCUUGACUAGGCCGGAGGAGUGGAGAUACGUACCCGGAAAAUUGAACUGUAGCGAUGUGGCCACUCGGUCCUCGCUCGAAUCGGACCAUCAAAUUCCAAAUUCGUGGGUCAAGGGUCCUGACUUCCUGUACCAAACCGAAGAUUGUUGGCCACAGGAUCUACCUUGGAUGAAGGUGACGGAGGAAGGUCGGUCCACCCGCGAGAGUCGGUGUCACAUCGCUAUCAACACCGAAAAUGCUUGGGAGUCAGUGAAGAUUGAUAUCAGUGAAAUUCCAGCGCUUAUUCAACUGGAGGAGAGGUAUAUGCAAUUACUGAAAGCUUGUCAAGAGGAGUCAUUCGUGGAGGAGCUGAGGCGGUUGAAGAGACUACAGCCGUUGAAAAAUGACUCCAAAUUACUCUCGCUUUCGCCUUUCAUGAGCCCAGAUGGUCUUAUUCGUUUAGGUGGUCGCGUUGGAAAGGCAGCAUUACCCUAUGACAACCGUCAUCCAAUCAUACUGCCGUCACAACACCCCCUAACGGAACGAAUAAUCGAGGCCUUCCAUCGCAACUUACAUCACCUCGGCGUGGACUUUGUACUUGCCCACAUUAGACAGCAUUUUUGGAUAGUCGAUGGUCGGGAAGCCGUGAAACGAGUGAAAAGGAAAUGUCUGGAGUGUCUGAAAGAGAGAGACAAACCCGGAAUUCAGCAGAUGGCGGAGCUACCGGUGGAGAGGCUCGAUAUGUUCGCCCCUCCUUUCACGCAUACCGCUGUGGAUUACUUCGGACCGAUGGAGACGAGUAAUUACAGAAACCGCACCCUGAAGAGAUAUGGAGCGCUAUUCACGUGCCUCACUACAAGAGCCGUGUUCCUCGACUUAGCAGACGACCUGACAUCUGAUCAAUUCUUGUUGGUUCUACGGAGGUUCAUCGGAAUUUACAACCAGCCAAGAUCUAUGCAUUCGGACAAUGGCACCAAUUUUGUUGGGGCGGAAAGGGAAUUAAGGGAGCUUCUUACCAAUAUUCAACAACCGGGGGAGCUGAGUGAUUUCAUCAAGAAACGGCGAAUACAUUGGAGUUUCCAGCCACCGAGAGCUCCUCACUUCGGAGGCGCCCAUGAAAGUCUCGUGAAGUCAGCAAAGAAGGCCCUCUACCGAGCUCUGGAGAUUGAGAAGUCGCAAUUUCGCCAUCCAACGGAUAGUGUACUCCGCACUGUCCUGUUUGAGGUAGCUGGCUUGCUAAAUAGUCGCCCGCUCACGUACGUGAGUUCGGAUCCAGUGGAUGUUAGGCCGUUGACUCCAAACGAUCUAAUGAACCGAUCACCUGUCAUCUACUCACCGGCCGGCGAGUUCGCAGAUGCCCUACCGCGGGAGAAUUUCCAUUACGUGCAAAAGUUAGUGAAUCUCUUCUGGGAUCUGUGGCGAAAAUCAUACCUUCCUUCCCUGAUCGCACGAAAGAAGUGGAGAAAAAAAAUGAGGAAUUUCCAGGAGGGGGACGUCGUUCUUCUAGUGGAACCAAACCUUCCCCGUGGAAAAUGGAAUAUUGGACGAGUCGAAGAAACAUUUCCCGGAGACGACGGUCUAGUUCGCGUCGUCAAGGUCUCCACGAAGGAGGGGACGUACGUGCGCGCCAUAGAGAAAAUUUGCCUUCUAGAGGCCGAAGAGUCCCAUCUUCCUAAGUAG